AUGGCUCAGACAAAGGAUGGCUUUACCUGGACGCCUUCUGCUGGCCGAAGUACCGGGCUGCCUUCGAUCAGUGUUGUAUCGCCUCCCGUCCACCUUGCCGCUCCGAAAUUGCUCGUCUAUGACGUUAUCGUCAUCGGCUCCGGCUAUGCAGGAUUGACUGCCGCCAGAGAUUUAGCCGUUCAAGGCAAGCAAACACUUCUGGUAGAGGCUCGCGACAGGUUCGGAGGCCGGUCGUGGAAUGCUAGUAUUAAUGGCUCUAAUUACGAAAUGGGCGGCACCUGGAUUCACUGGCAUAUGCCACAUAUCUACAGAGAGAACCCAGGCAGUAAGGAAGAUUAUUGCACCUUGACUUCAGGUGACGACGUACGAAACAUGUCCCACGACAUGGAGGACGAGAUUACUGGCAAAGCCUGGGAGCUUUUUUGUAAUAUAGAUGGCGACCACCUGCGCCAGACAUGGAAAUAUCCCUUUGCCACUGGGCAGUCCCCGGAGCUCAUGGCUAAGUGGGAUCAGAUUUCCUGCCUAGACCGGCUUAAUGAGAUUCGACACUUGCUCACAAAAGAGGAAACAGCUGUUCUAGAGUGCUUCCUCCAGCAGAUGGGUGGUAAUUCCCUCGACCGCAUGGGACUGCUAGACGCACUUCGCUGGUGGACCCUGGGUUCACAUGAACCAAAUGGGCUGAAUAAUAUUGCCCUGCAUACAAGACUCGGUAGCGGCAAUAGUAGGCUGCAUCGCCGCAUGUUUGAGCACACACUGUCAACCGGAAAUCUUUCCUACACUUUUAAUACCCCUGUGUGUAGCAUCGAAGAAUCCACCGACGGAAUAGUGAGCGUCAAGGCCCGUGGUGGACAGACUUUCAGAGCAAAGGCUGUUAUUUCCACUAUACCUCUAAAUGUUUUGUCUUCUAUUACCUUCAGCCCUCCCCUACCCGCUGUCAAACUCAACGCAGCCUUGGAAGGGUCUGUCAACAAGUGUAACAAAGUUCACGUCGACCUCAAGGGCCCUGAUUUCCUCUCAUGGAGUGGCAUGUGUAAUGCUGGAAAGGGCCUUAUUUCUCUCUUUGGAGACGGCCUCACUCGUGCAAACGACUCUCAUCUAGUCGGUUUUGGGCCAGAUCCCGAGAGACCGAAUGGAAUCAAACUCGACAACAUAGACGCGAUCAAGGAAGCCGCUCUACAUCUGCUUCCCAAAGAAAAACGCGACAGCGUUGAUAUAGAGAGAAUUGUUUCUCACGACUGGAACAAUGAUGAGUUCUCGAAAGGCACUUGGUGUUAUUUGCCUCCCAAAGUCACUACCAAGCAUCUGGAAGCUCUUCAGCAGCCACAUGGCCGUGUGUUCUUUGCAAGCGGGGACUGGUCUGAUGGGUGGCGAGGUUGGAUUGAUGGGGCUGUUCAGAGUGGUAUGCAAGUUGCCCACCAGGUAAUCCAGCUGCAGCGUGCUAGUUGA